AUGACAGGCCCCUGGACUGGACACGUGUUCUCAUUGAAUCCAGACACCUUUGACAUCCGACGAAGAUCGAAGGCUGGCUGCAUCGAUUGCAAAUCAGCCAAGAUCAGAUGCGAUGAAGCCCGACCUUCAUGUGGCACCUGUGCUCGUCGACAACGUGUCUGUCAGGGGUACCCCUACGAUGCCCUGGGAAAGAUUCCCGGUAAGAAAAAGCAACUACAACCGGCUAUCUAUACACGUUCAAAUCUCAAACUCGAAUCCCCUUCAAAUGACGCUGCGCACGCGAAUCAACGCGAAUCAAUAUUUUCAUCAGUUGGGUCGAAUGGAAAUAAAACAGACGCACUAGGAUAUGAUAUCCAGCCGAGAAUCGCCAAAGAAGCCAAAUCUCUAGGUCUGAAUGAGAAGAUGGAUCUACUUAUGGCAAAUAUGCCUCAUGUUCUAGAAGCAUCGCUGGAUUUUUUUCCACGAUCACUACCGGAAAUUCCUCCGGGUGUAAUUUCUGAAGCUGACGGUCCCACUAUCAACGUCUUUUUUGAUCGACAUCCGGCUGAGAUGGUUAUAAGCGCUGAAUUCAUUAAUGAAAUGAAAGCCGCGACUUUGCUUGUACUGCAGGAUAACCCCGCCGCCAUUGCAGAUGCUCUAUAUUCCGUCGGGAGCAUCUAUCUCAACGAAGAUGGCCAAGUUCCCGUAUUACCGCUAGCAUUGGACCGUAGAGCGAGAACUCUGGCUCGUCUAAGAGUGAAGAAUCCCAGCCGUGAGUUGGAGCAAAUACUGACCAUGUCAUUAGCACUAGCAGCCAUGGAGAUUGUCGACACAAAAUGUGAAGCAUUUGAUCACACGUUUCCCAUUAUAACCGGAUAUGCGGCGCGUAUAAUCAAUAACUACCUUGCAUCUGAUCUAAUAUUAGGCCCGCUUGCCAAGUACUUCAUCCGAACUCUGGCAAGACAGGACAUAAUGGUGUCUCUGAGUCAAUGUUCACGAAAUGCCAUUCCAACAAGGAUAUGGCUUGAUGAGUACGCUCAGAAAAAWGCCGAUAAAUUUAUGGGAUACACCACUACUCUCAUGCCAAUGCUUGAAGAACUGUGCGCACUAGCAGCAGACCUAAACCAAAAAGCAGACACUGAGCGCGCCAUAGCUAAUGAACAAGAGCAUGUAGAACUGGCUUCACAAUCUGUGGCAAACAUAUCUCCCGUCUCACAAUAUACACACGAGCUACGCGUCAAAAUCCAGAUCUGGCGUCCAAGUAUCGAUUAUGGUGUGUCAGCGUGCACUUCGAGACGAUUGCUAGCACACGCUUAUGCGACAAAGACAGCCGCUCUAUUAAUGCUGCACCGCUUGUUUCAGCCUGCUGGAAGCUCAGUAGAUGCUGAUAAAGAAGCGUUUCAGAUGGCCUGCGAAGUUUUAGUUCACCUGAACGGAGAGCCUGAUGACUUACGACUGUCAACAUGGCCCGCCUUCAUCGCAAGCUGCGAGAUGCAGAGUCAAGAGGAUCGAGGUAUUGUCAUUGAGAUUUUCAAUGCAAUUUAUAGCACUAGGAAAACUGGUACGGCAAUUCAAACUAGGGAUUUUGUCGUGAAUAGGGUCUGGCAAGCAAGGGAUUCAGGUGGGGACUGGAACUGGAUGGUCUUGAGUAAACGGUAUCCUGGGGAAUGCGUGCCAAUCUAA